AUGCGGACGGGCCGUGCCUUUGAUGCCUCCAUUCCGGCUACGAGAUGCACAAGAGCGCCAGGCACAAUCGACGUCAUUUUUUUCGGUUCAGGGCACGUUGGACCUAAACUGUAUUCGGCAGGCGCCACCAAGUCAUCACCACCUCGAGUCACCGCAACAAAAUUUGUUUUGGCUCUACGACCUAAGUACAAUGUCUUCCUCUGCGAGUGCCCUACUUGCAAUCUCAAUCUAUCCUUUCAGCUUGCACCCGUCACAGAUUAUGUCUUCUAG